CUGAACGGGAAAGUCCAUAUAUGGCCAGACAGGUGUGACUGGAGGUAUAGAUAAAACUGUUUGACUGCUUUAACUGGAGUGAAGUGCAACACGUCUGUUAGGCACAUUCAGAGAUACAAGCAGCAGAGUCAGACUCAAAAAAGAAGCGUUUCCAUUCACUGAUUGAAGUCUUUGGAGAAACCAUGCUGCCAUGGAAAGGACUGAAAGAUCAGAUCGGGGGGGAGUGUAACAGGGCAGUGUUGGUGUCUGUGGCAAGGUUUGACCCUGGGGUGGAUCUGGAGAGGAGGUCUGGAGCCGAGAGGGACGCCAAGAGACUCCACCGGACCCUCAGCAAACUGGGCUUCAAGGUGGAUAUCCACGCCGACCUCAGCGGUGACGAAAUCUACAAGCUGUUUCAGAAAGAGAGCCGCCGGCCGGUGAAGGACUGUUUUCUGACCGUCUUGUCGUCUCACGGCGAGGAGGGCUGCGUGUUCGGAGCUGAUGGGGAACCUGUCCGACUGGCUCGUAUCUUCAAAUAUUUUGACAACGAUUGUAUGGAGAAAAAGGCCAAAGUGUUCCUCAUACAGGCGUGUCGGGGAGACGGUCUGGAUAACGGUGUGGAGGUGGAUUCGACCAGUGACACCACAGAGUGCAGCGUUUCGCACCAUCUCUCUGUUCCCACAGAUACAGCAGUGAUGUACGCCACACCACCAGGUUACGCAGCUUUCAUGAACCCACUCGGAUCCGUCUUCAUCCAGACUUUCUGCAACUUACUAGAGGAUGAAGGGAAUCGCAACCUGGAGCUGACUCGCCUCAUGACCCGCCUCUCCCACAGGGUGGCCUACACCUUCCAGGCCAAAGGCCGCGACGUGGGAGGGAAGAAAGAGAUGCCCUGCCUCCUGACCCGACUGACCCGUGAAGUGUUCCCGUUCGCUGAGACGGGGAAAGACAGCGGGGCCCAGCGGCUCUCAGCCACGUCACUGGUUGGCGCUGAUAAUGUCAGAACACGGACACCUUCCAUCAGUUAGACUGUUGCACGCGAGUGUGCCUGACUGCAUCUGAACGUAUGAAAGCAAUAAUAAGCAUCAGGAAUGCAGAUGGAAGAGAAAAGAUAAGUUA